CCACAUCAGACAUUAGUGAAACUAGAAUUGUUGUGGUGCACAAACUUAUAGUUAUCUAAUUAUUAUUAUUCCAACCUCAUCCAAAAUCCCUUCUACGACGCUUCCAUUUUCUGCAGAGUUUUCUAUCUUUCACAGCUUCCUACGUCAUUUUUCAAAUUCUAUCUGGGUGUCUAUUACCGGAACAAACAAACGCAAAUGAGCUUCCCCAAGUUGGGUUUUAUUGCUUCAUGACCUCUACCACUAUGUUGGAGUCUUUAGCUUGGUGUCAAAGCUUUAAGGGAUAUGACCUUACCAAACAAAAGAGUCCGGGUUACACUCAUGCUAUUUCACGAGUUUAUAGAAGUUCUGCUUUCAUGCUUUAUUCAGUUAACAAGCAAGUGCCACUACUACCACGCGGUGCAAGUCAUGGGAUAAUUUAUAGGACUUCUGUUUCAGAAAACUUCUUUAAAAGGUCUCCUCUCAAUGUUCCAUCAUGGAAAGGAUUGUAUAGGCCGCGUUGGGAACGGCUGCGAACAAAUGUAGCAUAUGAUGUUGCUGGUGCUGUUGACGUCAUCAAUGAUUUAGGAUUGGAUACUCUUACUUUCUUGGCUGUGACCGUCAUAAUUGUGCCUACAUUCAAGUCACUUAAAGCCAGUCCUAUACUUGGUUUCUUCUGUGCUGGUGUGGUACUCAAUCAGUUUGGUUUAAUUAGAAACAUUACAGAUGUUAAAGUUUUAUCAGAAUGGGGGAUCCUUUUCUUGCUGUUUGAGAUGGGUUUAGAGCUUUCACUUGCACGAUUGAAAGCUCUUGCAAAAUAUGCUUUUGGGAUGGGAUUGGCUCAGGUUGUACUGUCCACUUUAGCAUUUACUGCUUUUGAACUUCCUCCAAAUGGAGCCGUCGGAACAAAAAUUUUGGAAUUUCUUUUCCACUCUAGGCCUGAUCUGGUGAACAUCAGAAGUAUCGAUGAAGCCGUAGUGAUUGGUGCUGCUCUCUCUCUUUCAUCUUCUGCGUUUGUUCUACAGCUUCUUGCAGAGAAAGGUGAACUUCCCACAAGAUUUGGUUCAGCAACUCUUGGAAUACUUCUUUUGCAGGACUUAGCCGUUGUCCCUCUUUUAGUCAUACUUCCCAUACUAGAGAGCCAGAAUAUAUCUGAGGAAAGUAUUUGGCCCAUGCUUGCUCAAGAAAGUUUAAAGGCAUUAGGUGGAUUGGGUCUGCUUUCUCUUGGGGCAAAGUACAUUCUCAGACGAGUUUUUGAGGUUGUAGCAGAUACAAGGAGCUCAGAGGCUUUUGUUGCUCUUUGCUUGCUGACUAUUGCUGGGACUUCACUAGUCACACAGAAUUUGGGCUUCAGUGAUACGCUUGGAGCUUUUUUAGCUGGGGCAAUUUUAGCAGAGACAAAUUUCAGGACCCAGAUUGAAGCUGACAUAAGACCAUUUAGAGGCUUGUUGCUUGGGUUGUUUUUCCUAACUACGGGAACUUCAAUUGACAUGCAGCUCCUUUUGCGAGAGUGGCCAAAUGUACUUUCACUUUUGGGAGGUUUAAUUGCCAUAAAAACAUUGAUCAUAACUGCAAUUGGUCCUCGUGUUGGGCUUACUCUACAAGAAAGUGUAAGAAUAGGAUUGCUUCUAUCCCAAGGAGGCGAGUUUGGAUUUGUUGUUUUCUCUUUAGCAAAUAGGCUUGGGGUGCUUCCUCUUGAGCUCAACAAGCUGCUCAUAAUUGUUGUUGUAUUGUCAAUGGCAUUAACCCCAUUUCUGAAUGAAGCUGGAAGAAGGGCUGCUAAUUUUAUUGAAGAAAAAUCUGCUCCCGAGAAUAAAGCUUCUGAGAUGGUUGACUUCAAUGCUAGAGAACCUGUUGUUAUCCUUGGAUUUGGACAAAUGGGCCAGGUCCUUGCCAAUUUCCUCUCCAAUCCAUUGGCUUCAAGAGGAGAUGGUGAUUUAGUAGGAUGGCCUUAUGUGGCAUUUGAUCUUGACCCCACAGUAGUAAAGGCAGCUAGUAAACUUGGUUUUCCAAUUCAAUAUGGGGAUGGAUCGCGUCCAGAUGUUCUUCAUUCUGCUGGUGUCCAUUCUCCCAAAGCUAUCAUGUUAAUGUACACCGGGAAGAAGAAGACAAUUGAAGCUGUUCAGAGGCUAAGAAUGAGUUUUCCUUCAAUCCCAAUCUAUGCUCGAGCUCGAGAUCUGAAGCAUCUUUUAGAUCUGAAGAAAGCAGGUGCAACGGAUGCCAUUUUGGAAAAUGCAGAGACUAGUUUGCACCUGGGUUCUAAGCUGCUGAAAGGCCUUGGUGUGAUGUCUGAUGAUGUAGCAUUUUUGAGUCAGCUUAUUAGAGAUUCCAUGGAGCUACAAGCUCAAGAAGCAAUUAGCCAAUCUGAAUAUCGUGAAUUAGAUAUUAUGAAACCUCUUCAGGUGAAAGUUACUGAAAAGGAGGAACGUGUAGCAGUGACAACAACUUCACAAGAAUCUGAAUUAUCAGAAAUGAAUCAGAAAGAUCAAGCUUCAUUGGUUAUAAAUCAGAGGGAAGUAGAUACAGAAGAACAAGAUUAUAAACUAAAUGAAGCUGUGAAUUUACAAGGAAAUGGUGUUUUACUUAGCCAACAAAGUAUUGAAGAAAGCUCAAUGGUUGCAUCUACAGAUGCUCCUAGACAGAAGAAUCUAGUAGACCCAUCAAUCCCAUCUUCCCAUACUGCCACUGAGGAACCCUAAAUAGGGCUUCUUCCCAUUUGUUUUGCUCCUCUAACCCCUAUAACUUCUGAAAGAUUUCAGGAAGUUGUCAUUUUUAUUGCAGAGCUAACAAUAUAUGUAUAGGAAACUUCCCAAUGUAAGAGUUUGUAGAACAGCAUCAUUCCAACUCUGAUGCUCACUUCAAUUCUUUGAGAACCACAAAAUGUAUAGUAAUUUAACACCAUUAAAAUAAUUUUUAUCUCUUGUGGGAAAUCGUAAACAGUUUAAGGUGAUAUCAAA